AUGGCCAAUAAAGAUGACAAAAUGUUCAAUACAACUGUUUUUCUUGUCCUGGGAUUCUCCGAUAUUCGGGAGCUGCAAGUUCUAUAUUUUGCACUGUUCCUUCUGAUUUACUGGACAACUGUAAUGGGGAAUCUCCUCAUAAUAAUCCUCGUGACACUCAACCAGCAACUUCACACACCUAUGUACUUCUUUUUGAUUAAUUUAUCCCUGGCUGACAUUGGCAACAUCUCAGUCAGCAUCCCAAAAGCCAUGAGCAAUUCCCUCAUGAACACCAGAAUUAUUUCCUAUUCAGAAUGUGUCUUCCAAGUCUUUUUUCUCAUCUUGUUUUCAGUUACUGACCUGUUCCUCCUCACAUUCAUGGCAUAUGAUCGAUACAUUGCCAUAUGCAAUCCCCUGCAUUAUGGGGCAGUGAUGAAUGUGGGAACCUGCAUGCAAAUGGCAGGUGGUGCAUGGGUCUCUGGUAUUUUCUGUGCCAUGCUGCACACUGGAGCCACCUUUUCAAUGCCUUUCUGCUCCAAUGUUGUUAACCAGUUUUUCUGUGAAAUACCUCAGCUGCUCAAACUCUCCUGCAAUGGUAAUUCUAUGAUAGAAACCAGAGUCAACGUAUUUGCUGCAUGCUUAGCUUUGUUUUGCUUUGUCUUCAUAAUUUUUUCGUAUGUACAGAUCUUCACAAAUGUCCUGCGAAUCCCCUCAGUUCAGGGCAGGAAGAAGGCCUGGUCUACCUGCAUGCCCCACCUUAUUGUUGUCUCUCUGUUUAUCUGCACUGGUACUCUGGCCUACCUAUGCCCUACUAGUGAGGCCCCAAAAGAUCUUGUUAUGAUGAUUUCAGCCCUGUAUUCUAUGCUGCCACCCAUGAUGAACCCACUUAUCUACAGUAUGAGAAAUCAGGAGAUUAGAGCUGCACUGUUGAAAUUUUUUGGAUGGAAGUUAUACUCCAAGCAUUAA